AUGUCGGGGCUCGAGGGACUCAGCCUUGCGGCUAACGUCAUAGCAGUGAUUGAUCUAUCUGCGAAAGUCAUAUCGUGGUGCUACCGAUACUCCAAGGACGUCAAGAACGCCAGGGCCGAUAUCGAAAAACUCCAGCAAGAAACAAAUAGACUCAAGAUCGUGGCUGAAGAUAUUCGGAAACUCCUUGAAGGUCCGAGCGGUGCGAAAUUAACGACAGUUAAACGACUAUCCGCCGCAGCGGGCCAAGCACAUUCAGUUCUUGAUACAGUGGAUAAGACUUUGAGCACUAAGAAGGGACUCAGGCGGUUCGGCCUUCGUGCGCUAAAGUGGCCAUACGAAAGCAAAGAUGUGGAGGGACUGCUACAAGAGCUUGUUCGCACACGCGAGAUAUUUCACCUCAGUCUACAGAUCGAUCAAACGAAUAUCAUCAUUAGUAUUGACGAGAGAGCGAAACUGGAUCGUAUUCCCGUUGCUGAAGGAGCAUCCUCGCAUGCAGGCGACGAAGAUGCAACGACAUGCCUCCCGGACACUAGAGUGCAACUCAAACAAGACAUUUGGGAGUGGGUGAAUAGUGAUACUGCCAAACCCAUAAUGUGGCUGAGCGGUAGUGCUGGCACAGGAAAAUCGACCAUCUCCCUGACGGUCUCCAGUGAAUUUGAGAAGGCCGGCAUCCUUGGCGCAACAUUUUUCUUCAAGCGAACGCAAAAGGACCGAUCUAAUCUGUCCAAAUUCGUUCCGACCCUUGCUGCCGACUUAGCAGUCAAGAUCCCAGAGGCUUGUCAGCAUAUUCUGGAUACAAUCGAAAACCAGAGCGAUAUCUUCAAGAAGGUGAUCGGGGAUCAGCUAGACCAACUCAUUAUUGAACCUAUCACCCAAUGCCAGGCGAUCCGUGGGCAGCGCCCCAUUGUCAUCAUCAUAGAUGCCUUGGAUGAAUGCGAGAGAGAAGCAGACAUUAGGUCCCUCAUUCAGUUAUUAACCAGAUCCAAGAUCGCUCAAGUGUCAUAUCUCAGAAUCCUCCUAACGAGCAGGCCCGAGUUGCCUAUCCGGCUGGGCUUUAGUCUAGCAGAUUCUGAAUCCUUCCAGUCUUUCACCUUACACGAUAUACCUGAUGAAAUCAUUCGGAAAGAUAUCCAUACUUUCCUCUUGUUCCACUUGAGCAAGAUCAGAGUGGAGUACAAUGCGUCCGACAUUUCUUAUGACCGGAAGUUGGGCCCGGAUUGGCCAGGAAAUGAAAUGACCCAAACAUUGCUUGGAAUGUCGGUGCCUCUAUUCAUCUUUGCCGCCACUGUUUGUCGUUUCAUCGGUGAUCACGUAUAUGGACAUCCAGAUAAGCUGCUCAACGAGGUUCUCGAUUUCGGAACAAAGAGCCAAGAAUCCCAGCCUCAGCUCGACAAGACCUAUUUCCCCGUAGUCAAUCAACUGAUAGCAGGGCGGUCACCCAAGCAUCAACAACGAAUUCUGCAACGAUUCCGGUUGAUUGUUGGGUCGAUGAUUCUCCUAGCUACGCCACUGUCGAAGCAAACACUUGCAAAGCUCUUGGGGAUUGAAGAUGACGGCAUCGAUCACCUUUUGGACGGCUUGCACUCUGUCAUCAACGUCCCAUCCGCACCAAAAUCACCAUUGAGGUUGUUCCAUCUAUCAUUUCGAGAUUUUCUUCUCGACCUCGAUAAGAAAGACAGUCCAUUUUGGGUAGACGAGACCAAAGCUCAUGCACAUCUUGCUUCAAGGAGUUUAAUUACUCUGGAUGAAACCCUGAAACAAAACAUUUGCGGUAUAGCCAAUUGGACCACGCCUCGGAAGGACCUCAACUUAGAGCCCGCACAAAUCGAGUCUUUUCUCUCUCCAGAAGUUCAGUAUGCGUGUACCUACUGGGUGCAUCAUUUUGAAAUGGCUGGCGCGGACCUUGUUGAUGACGGGCAGGUUUUGUCCUUUAUGAAGAUUCAUUUUCUGCAUUGGCUAGAAGCUCUAAGUCUACUUGACCAAGCUCAUGACUGCACUUCAUACAUCAAGACACUCCAAAGAAUAUCAAGUCCAAUACAUGGAAAGGAGCUAUUGAAGUUUCUCCACGACGCCGAAUACUUCACCCUUGCGUAUACAACUGCGAUUGAUACGUUUCCGCUACAAAUUUACUGGUCACUGCUCGGGUUUACGCCUAAGCACAGCAUAUUUCGAAAGCUGUACACAAGGACGAUGAGUGAGGGGUUCAAUAUUCACGCAGCAGGUGAAAGCGAAUGGGGUUACUGUCUACAAACACUCAAGGCUACUCAAGCAAACCGUACGGAACACGUGGCAUUCUCCCAAGACUCGGCAUUGAUCGCAACGAAAGAUUCAGUUGGUGGUAUCUGGGUUUGGAACACUGUCAACGGAGACCUUGUUGGGAACAUUAAACCUCCUAAUCAUGCGGAAUCCAUUGCUCCACCUAUAAUUUCGCCAGAUUCGUCAUUCAUCUGCUCAACUGCGCUCACACGGAGCCACGCCACCAACCAGGUUUGGAACAUUAUCACUGGGGAACAGGUUCUUAACACUUCACGUCUAUCAUCAAUCGGUGGGGAUCUAGGAACCUUUCCACCCCCUACCGUGUUCAUCGAAAGACAAUCAGAAAGUACCAUGGGGAUCUGGCGUGUGGAACAAGAUUCCCCCCAGGUAUUGGGCCUGGUCGAGACUCGAGAUGUAGACAAUCUCAAGUAUACCUGCUCGGUCGAUUUUAAAUUCAUUGCAAUUUGUGCACAUGACAAGAGAGAGCGUGAGACAUGGACUCAAAUCAGGAAUCUCAACUCAGGCACUCUUGUUUCUGCGUGGCGGCUGGAAAGAUUUCGGCGAGUCGAGUGCUUAAACUUCUCGCCUGAUUCGGUAUUACUAGCCGUAUGUUCUCUUCGUUCUUCUAGACAGACAAGCCGUCUGGCCCUUUAUGAUGUUGACACUGGUAAGCCAUUGGAAACAUCGUUCUACGGAGUCCCGCCAUAUGUACUGUCAGUCGCGAUCUCUCAUGACUCGAUAUUGGUGGCUACCGGCUCUUUAAGCGGAGAGAUUCAUUUAUGGCGUACGAAAACUGGCGAUUGCGUACAGACUCUAGGUGGCUAUAGUCACGGGGUUACAAGCGUUGUCUUUUCUCAUGAUUCCAGGUUGCUGGCAUCAGCUUCCGAAAACAACACCGUACGCCUUUGGAGAGUCGCAGAGGCUGAAAAUAACAGUCUUGGGGAACGGAAGCUCCAUAAAACGACUUACGCAAUAGCUCUCGAUAAAACGGCUUACACAAUAACGAUUUCUCCAGAUUUGAAGAAGAUAGCCACCUUGGAUGACGCUGGAUUGUGUAUGUGGAGCGCUGAUACGGGUGACUGUAUGUGGUCAUAUCAGUGUCGAAUCAGUUCCAAGCUGCUGUUUUCCCCAAAUUCAGCCUUCGUCCUCGUUCAAGAGAGUGAAAACCAAUACAAAAAAGCCCGCAGAAUUGUACUUUUGCAUACAGAUACGGGGAAGUUCGUACAUCUUCAAGGUCAAACUCAGAAGAACCGAGAGGGAACUUUCUCCAAUGAUUCAGCGCUCAUUGCAUUUACGGACAACAACGAUGGUUCGGCACCUUAUAUAUGCAUCUGUAGAACUACCACUGGAAACCGUGUCCAACGCUUUGAAUGUUCAAAGGGCGAUUGGGACGAUUGGGGCAGUUUGACCUUCUCGCAAGACUCAAAACUGAUUGCGGCGAUUGGCAACGGCGUCCUUUGCACCUGGGACAUCACAAGUGGCCAGUGCCUCCAACAAACAAGGCUGAAAAUUUACGUUUACGAAUCCUAUCCUUCCAUAACAUUCUCUCCCAAUUUGGAUUGGGCUGCGGGUAUCAGUUCAGAGAACGAGUUUCGGGUGUGGAACUGCGAUACAGGCAUGUUCAUCCACGACGAUUACGUUCCAUCAUUAGACCCCAAGACCUUUUACAGGAAUUACACCAUCAUUUUCGUUCCAAAUUCCAAUUAUGUCGUAGUCAGUUCCUUUACUGGCUUGAUUUACGUCUGGGAUUUCCAGACAGGCAUCUGCAUGGUUAGGACACAGGACCUUUACCCCCACCAUGGAGCUGCGAGUUUUCAGCCAGAGAGUUCGAGGCUACUCGUUGGAACUGGAGCGGUUGAGUUGGUGAAUUUGCCCCCUAAUCCCUUAUCAUCCGCUCCGUCUUCUCCGUCUGUGGCGCUCUACGAGGCUAUCAAGCCUCAUCGCUCAGGCUAUGGGAUCAGCCUUGACUAUAGCUGGAUCACCUGGGAUGAUGAUAAUUUCUUCUACCUACCAGUGGGCUACCAGCCAGACAAACACGAUGCAAUUGUCGUGUCUGGGUCUGUAGUUUUCAUCGGCUAUCAAAGACUUAGAAAGACAGUUGUCUUCAAGUUCUCCUCUGCCAGAGGAUGUAAGCCAGUGGCAGACAUACGUUUUAUCGAUCAUGGCACGUCGAUCAGUAGAUGA